AUGGGUCGCGGGCGCAGCGGUCGUGGAAGCGUCCGUGGAAAGGGCAAGGGCGAAGCUGGGGAGAAAUCUCAGUACAUCACGCGCGUCGACCUCUAUAAGUUCCUGUGCAAGUGGGAACUUCGGUCGUACCCAGACAAUCAAGGCAGGCCCCUGUUCGACCCUGCAUCUCGCCUGACCACGGAGCACCUGAGGAAGAUCCUGGACGGCGAUUGCAGUGAACUGUUGCGCCGACCCUUGAUGGGACUGAACUUGUCCUCUGCAUCGCUGGAUUCCGCGGCGCUCUUUGCCCCGAAACUGGCCUCAUCCCUGCCGCAAAUCCAAGCAAUGCUCGAGAAAGAAUCCCUCAAUGAAGCGGUCCGAUAUUUCAACCUGAACAGAGACGUCGAGCGAGACAGCAGCGCCUCGCAGGAAAUGUGCAAGGUCUAUUUCAAGCAGAUCCAGAAAGCUGCACGAGACCAGGGCACAGUGAUCGCUGAGGCUGCCGAAGCUGCUGCGGCCGUGUACACCGGUCUUGUGGCGCUGCUGGAAUUGGCGGCAAUCUCUGAAGACAUUCGCUGGUGGGCAAGCAAGGUUCCGGAAGUCAAGAAGCAGACCAAGCAUGUACAAGCUUGGCUUGCGCAUCCCAAAGAGGAAGAUCGGCUGUUCAAGGCCCUUGCUCACGGCAUCAAGGCGGACGAGAAAAAGAAUAUGCGCCGCGAGCGCACUUUCGGCCAGUUGGACGCCGAAGCUGCAGGGAGUUCCUCCUCGACACCACUUUCUGUCAAUGACUCUGACUCCAUUUCCACGGACUCGAGCUCGGCGCUCAGUGGCAAGAAGAAGAAGAAGAAGAACGCCCGGGCGCACAAGAAAAGCAACGAGGCCAAGCACAAGAAGCAUCGCAAGACGGAGAAGAAGGCAAAGGGACGCGAUGCUUCGGACCCCAAGGCAAAACGGGCCCGCCGCCAUACAAAGAAGACCUCCUCUUCCAGCGACUCGCCAAGUCGCAGCGUUCGCCAGAAGCAGCGGAAGGUCGAGCGUGGCAGUGACAGCACAUCGGCGGAAGCCGUCCCUGCUGCAGUCGCUGUGCUGCCGCCCUUUCGGGAAAUUUGGCCGCUGGCAGAGAUUCAAGCCUUUGAAACCAAAGCUCAAGAGCUGGCCACGGCAGCCGCUAGUACCCUGGUUCUCGAACGUGCUGGCUUGCGAUCCACGGCGGAAGAUGACGUCCUGCAAGCCAACGCUGAGCGCGUCUCCAAGCACAUUACUGAGAUGGUGCGCGAGGCCCGCCUGGCCUGGAUCCAAGAGUACGUCGCGGCGUCGGACGCGCUUCUGAAAGCCCAGAAGGCUCAGAGCCGGAUUUUGGAACUGGCAGAGCACGGGCUCACGCAGCUUGACCGCGUGAUCAAGCGCGAAGCUGCGGAGGAGCAGGCGAAGUCCGCAGUCGCGGACGUGGCGGCGCUGCGGGAGCAGCAGCUGCGAGUGGGACAGCGCGCGGAGCACUUUUACAGCUGCUUCCUGCAGCGAGUCUACGGCGAUGCUUUCAAGCCGUCGAAGGACUGGGUGUCCUCGGCACGCCUCGCCAUCUAUCCGGAUGCACGGCAGGGUGUGGACGAUGCAGCGGGCUUCGACUUCUUAGUCGUGGACACAGCGCAGCGCAUCGUGCCGAGCCGCGGCAAGCGGUCGACGCGCUGCUUCAUUGAGGUCAAGGGCAGCGCGGGCACCUUUCCGGGGAUGUUCUGCCUCAGCGCCAACGAGCAGCGCAAGCGGGAUGAGGUUACCGCCUCAAAGGGCGAGGGCAACGCGUAUGUCAUCGCCGUAGUCGACAACGUCGAGAAUUUGGAGCACGCUUCUCUUCGUCACUUCAUCUGGAGUGACGACGCGGCUAUGUUGCGGCUGGAAGCUGACUCCUACAUUGCGCGCGUGGAUCCUGCGCGUGGGACGCCCGUGUCAACAGGCCCUGCGGCCGCCCCCUCCGACGAACGGAGCCGAGCGGCGCCGCUGGCGCCGAAGGCCAAGGCCUGGGAAGCCAAGGCGGCUCCGAAGCCCAAGGCGGCCAGGAAGUUGUCAGUGUCGAUUCCGUCGGCAUCGGUCCCGGCGGUCAUCGGCAAAGGUGGCUCCACCAUUCGGUGGCUGCAGGAGGAGAGCGGGGCGCGCAUCCAGGUGGGUGAGACCACGCCCGCAGGUAUGGCCUCGGUGAGCCUCGAGGGCACCACGCAGCAGAUCGACGUCGCCAAGGAGAUGCUGCAGGUGGCCUAUGGCCGCGGAAGCAGCGAGCGGAGCGGCCGCAGCUGGCGCUCAGCUGCGUGGCAGUGA